AUGCUGGUGCCUCUGUCACGGGUAGUAGUGGCAGCUCUACUCGCUGGAUGGCUCGGUCGCCGCGGUCUAAAGAAGCAGUCGCUGGAUGUCUCAGGCGCGGCAGCUGCCUGUUUCGUAGGCUUUUUCACGCUCGCGUCCGGCUAUCGCUUCGGUGUCCUGCUCUUGGGCUUCUACUUCUCUGGGAGCAAGCUUACCAAGGUACGGGCUAGUGUCAAACAGCAGCUGGACGCCAAUUAUAAGCAGGGCGGCCAGCGGUCAGCUCGGCAAGUGCUGGCGUGCAGUCUAGUAGCCACUCUCAUUGCCGUCUACUUCGUCGUUCGAUUCGGACACGACGACGUGGCUCUUGAUUUUGAGAGUGCUCCGGAAAGAAGCUUCCUUUUGGCCAGCUAUAUUGGACAUUACGCCUGCUGUGCGGCUGACACGUGGGCCUCAGAGCUCGGCGUGCUGAGCAAAAGUGAGCCGAGACUUAUCACGACGUGGAAAAGCGUGCCGCCUGGUACUAACGGAGGCGUGUCCGUACUGGGCCUCGCUGUAUCAGCACUCGGAGGAGCUUUCAUCGGAGCUCUGUACUUUGCUAUGAGUCUCUUGUCAGGCACGGCCCAGCUUCAAGUCGUCACGCUGGGCGCCAUGACCGGUCUCUUUGGCUCCGCGCUUGACUCGGUACUUGGUGCGACGUUGCAAGCGACGCACUAUGAUCGAACGACGCGCAAGAUCUGUGAUGAGACACCACGUGUCGAGCAUAUUUGCGGACGCAAGUGGCUGAGCAACGAGCAGGUGAACGUCGUGUCUACGCUGGUGACUACUGCUGUCAGCGGAGCUCUGGCAACUUAUUUGUUCUAA